AUGAGUUCGAACCUGCAGCGAGACGGGGACGACUGGGUGGCGGCAUAUGGCAGCCCGGCCAUCAGUCGGCCCAACAGCCUGUCCUUCCACGGCUCGGGCACGUGGGCCGUGGGCAGUCGAAGUCCCUACCGCAAGAGCGGCGAAUGGGCCGCUGGUGUGGGAGAUGAAGGAGAUGAGGGAGAUUACGGAGACGAAGCUGGUGGCCAAGGGCAUGAGGGGAGCGGCGAGGACGCGCCCCCUGCCGCUAUCCCGCCCGAGGAGCUCUCCAAGCUGGCACGCGAAGCUGCCGAGUGGGACUUCGCUGCAGUGCUCCAACGACGGCACUCACCGCGGCGCCGACUGGCUGCCCUUUUCGUCUACGCCCUCGCCCUGGGCGCGCUCACGGUGGGCACGUGGUUCGUGCCCUGCCUGGAGCUCAAGACAGACUCGCUCGUGGUGGACUACCUCGACACCGCCUGUCUGCCGUGGAGUUCGUUCGCGCUCUGGAUGGCGCUCCUCCUCGCCGGCUUCACCUACGUCUCCUUCUGGACCUGCGGGCGCGACAACCCCUUCCAGGGACCCUCCCGCACCUACUACGAUGUUCUGUUGUUGAUUCCGGCGGGUUGCGUGCUGUUCUUCCUGGGACCGGUGUACACGAUCGCCAGCGAGACCAAGCCCAACAUGGCGGGCGCCGAGCUCACGGCGCGACUGCUCGGAAUGAACCAGAACAACUUUGGCUUCAGCGUGCUGUACUCGCAUCUGGAGAAGCUCAAGGUGUUCAAUCGCCUGGGCACCAAGCUGAGCACCGGCUACUGGCUCCGCCUCACCUGCGCUGAGAUGAGCGCGCUGGCGCUGGUCGUGCUCUUCCUCAUCCCAUUCCUCGGCUUCCACCUGUGGCUCUUGUACCUUGGCGACUGGUUCACGAUGGUCCUGUUCGUCAUCGUCUACGGCGUCUUUGUCACUCUCCUCUACCUCAUCGGCCUCGCCGGGCUGUGGCACAACCGAUUCCGAUUUUCGAUGCACCACUACUUCGUGGCGGCCUUCCUCAUCCCGUGGACGUGCUUCUUCAAUCCCAUCUCCGCCGUUCUGCAGGCCCUCCUCGCCGGCAUCUUCACCGAAGGAGUGAGCCGAUGGUCGUUCGCGCGGCUGUUCCGAAGCAUCCCGCAUGAGCGGAGGAUCAUGCUCUAUCUAGAUUGGGUAAAGCACGAACACAGCGACUUCCUCUCCGACUACUCCGAGGAGCUCACCCGCUACGAGGUCCUGGGUCGCGCCUUCUGA